GGAGAAGCCGACAGUGGCUGGGAAAUGAUGGCUGAUGAAGACGGGGAAGUCAAGCAGAUCUUGCAGAAAUUGCAGGAACUGGUGGAUCAGCUCUAUUCAUUUCGAGAGUGCUAUUUCGAGACACACGGUGUUGAGGAUGCUGGAAGGAAGCAACAGGAUGUGCGGGAGGAGAUGGAGAAGACCCUGCAGCAGAUGGAGGAAGUAGUGGGUUCUGCCCAGGGCAACGCCCAGGUUCUGAUGCUGACUGGGAAGGCACUGAAUGUGACUCCUGAGUACAGCCCUAAGGCCGAGGAGCUUCUGUCCAAGGCUGUGAAACUGGAGCCCCAGCUGGUGGAAGCCUGGAACCAGCUGGGUGAAGUGUACUGGAAAAAAGGGGAUGUUGCGUCUGCCCACACCUGCUUCUCAGGAGCCCUCACCCAUUGCAAGAACAAAGUCUCCCUUCAAAACCUGUCCAUGGUGCUUCGCCAGCUACGGACUGACACUGAAGAUGAACAUUCUCGUCAUGUAAUGGACAGUGUCCGGCAGGCUAAGUUGGCCGUGCAGAUGGAUGUCCAUGAUGGCCGUUCGUGGUAUAUUCUGGGGAAUGCAUAUCUUUCUCUUUUCUUCAAUACUGGCCAGAACCCUAAGAUCUCCCAGCAAGCCCUCAGUGCCUAUGCCCAAGCAGAGAAGGUUGACAGGACAGCUUGCAGCAAUCCCGAUCUUCAUCUGAACAGGGCAACGUUACACAAAUUCGAAGAGAAUUAUGGGGAGGCCCUGGAGGGCUUCUCUCGGGCUGCAGCGUUGGACCCUGCAUGGCCAGAGCCCCGGCAACGUGAGCAACAGCUUCUGGAAUUCCUGAAUAGAUUAACCAGUCUCCUUGAGAGCAAGGGAAAGGUGAAGACCAAAAAGUUGCAGAGCAUGCUGGGAAGCUUGCGCCCAGCCCAUCUAGGCCCUUGUGGUGAUGGGCGCUACCAGUCAGCCUCUGGGCAGACGUUGACCCUGGAGCUCAGGCCGCUGAGUGCGCUCCAGCCUGGUGUGAACAGUGGUGCUGUGGUCCUAGGAAAGGUGGUAUUCAGCCUCACCACAGAGGAGAAAGUCCCCUUUACAUUUGGCCUGGUAGAUUCAGAUGGACCGUGCUGUGCAGUGAUGGUAUAUAAUAUGGUACAGAGUUGGGGAGUGCUCAUUGGGGACUCCGUAGCCAUUCCUGAGCCCAACCUUCGGCUUCACCGAAUUCAGCACAAAGGAAAAGACUAUUCGUUCUCCAGUGUUCGCGUGGAGACUCCCCUCUUGCUGGUGGUGAACGGGAAGCCGCAGGGCUCCAGCAGUCAGGCUGCUGCCACAGUAACAUCACGGCCACAGUGCGAAUGACCGUCCUUGACUUGCUGUCCAAGAAGGAGCGGAGGCGACAGGAUGAGCUCAGGGGCCCUCAGCCGCUGGGCCAGCGCCACCCAGCGACUCAGCCAGGAAGGGGGCGGGGGACCUUGUAGAUGAUGACUUUCCCUUCCCCUGCCCUGUAAGACACGUUGUGUCUCGUCUUUCUCUCCGGUUCACAUGUUCAAGCUUUCUCUGUGGCCACACACUUCCCUGGUGUAAUCUCUCCUGCCUCUUUCAUUGCUCUUGUGUGUUUUAGGCAAAGGGCAUGGAAUUGGUGGAAGUAUGGGGAUUUUGUCGUGGGCCAGAGCCCCCCCGGCUCUCGUUCUUGCCUCCUUCCGGAGCCUCGUGUGUAUAUAUCAUGGCAGUAUUUAUUGUUAAGGGAGGGGGAUUAAUUUUUUUAAUGGCUUGGUUUUUUUUGCAAUUUUUAUUUUAUUUUUAAACUUUAGGCCUUUCCCCUUGUUUGGGGCUGGAACAGAAUUAAAUUUGUUUGGAGAAAAAAAAAUAC